UCCCUCUCCCAACGGAAACGCCCAACCGUGCGCCCUUUUCUGCCCUGAAAACAAAACGGUCGGAAAAUUGCAGAAAAAGGGGAAAAAGCAAACAAAAAUGGAUGGCAAUUCGUCUUCUCGGAAUUCCUCACUUUCAGGUCGGUUUCACGCCUCCUUAAAUGUUCUCAUCUGUUUGGUUACCCAGAAAAAACAAAAAGAAACUCAAGGAAAAUGGCAAUGGUGCGUUUAAAUUUAACGAGAAACGAAUUUCGGCAUCGUCUGCGUCGGGUGCACUUUAUCACUUUGGUACAAGUGGGAUCUCCGUCGCAGUCGCCACCGGCCUUACUCAUCCCCUAGAUGUGCUUAAAGUUAGGCUACAAAUGCAGCUUGUAGGUCAGAGGGGUCCUUUGAUUGGAAUGGGACCAUUAUUUGUUCAAGUAAUGAAAAAUGAAGGACCAAAGUCUCUAUAUCUAGGAUUGACACCUGCAUUGACUAGGUCUCUUCUAUAUGGAGGUUUACGUUUAGGCUUGUAUGAACCAUCAAAAUAUGCCUGUGAUUGGGCCUUUGGUUCCAACAAUAUCUUGUUUAAAAUUGCAUCCGGAGCAUUUGCCGGUGCCAUUUCAACUGCCCUCACCAAUCCUGUGGAAGUUCUGAAGGUGCGGCUACAGAUGAACUCAGAUUUGAGACAAAGAGGGCCAAUUGCAGAAAUGCGCAGAAUCGUCUCGAAAGAGGGAAUAGGUGCUCUUUGGAAAGGUGUUGGCCCUGCUUCAGUUAGAGCUGCUGCCUUGACUGCUUCACAGCUUGCAACAUAUGAUGAAUCCAAGCAGAUAUUGGUGAAUUGGACGCCUCUUGAAGAAGGAUUUUACCUGCAUCUUACCUCAAGUACAAUAGCUGGCUUGGUGAGCACCCUUAUUACAGCACCCAUUGACAUGGUUAAAACCCGUCUUAUGUUGCAACGAGAAAGUGUUGUAGGAAGCUAUAAAAAUGGAUUUCACUGUGCAUAUCAGGUUCUUCAUACAGAAGGCCCCAGAGGACUAUAUAAAGGGGGCUUUGCCAUUUUUGCAAGAUUGGGUCCACAAACUACGAUUACCUUUAUACUCUGUGAGAAACUGCGCAAGCUUGCAGGAUUGAAUGCAAUCUAGUGGUUCGGAUAGUUCAUAUUUAGCUACAAUAUUAGUUGUCUUUGAUGAUAUGGAAAAUGCUACAAAGCUGUCCUUCAUUGCCAACAAAGCCCAUUUUGAAGGAAGGUAUGAUUUUAAUCUAAAUUUGUGUUCAUUCUUUUGGUGAGUAAGAAUUCUUUUUUAUCAGUAUUCAAUAAGCAUAGGAAACCAAUUUUUUAGGUUUAGCCACACUUGGAAAUUGGCUAGAACUUUAUCAUUCAUAAAAUUGUUCAUCAAUCUGAUGAAUUGUUUGUAUAAUUACUUAUUCUUUUGCCCAUCAAAUCCUUUUUUCUUUUUUUUUUUUGGUUUUUAUGAUGGGGUUUGGCUAUAUAAUUAUGAAGCCAAUUUUGGUGUUUUUCUCA